AUGGUUGUAAUUGGCGGUCCAACCUCUGAAAUAGAGGUUCGCCUUCGAAAGAUCACUGGCACUGGCGACAAUUUAGAUCCAAUUUACUUCGACGAAUACGCCUCUACGUCAGAAAGAGAGCCCCAAGACAACCUACGAAAAGAACGCUGUAUUGUCCCCGAAGAUAUCAACUACGCCAUUGAGGUUGUCUUCAAGAAGGGGUUUACCAUCGGAAAAUAUGACGCGGAAUGGUGCAUUUACGUUCGUGAUUUGAGUUCAAAAACUCGACUUUUCAUCAAAUGGUUUUGUUUUCAUCCCCAUUUCAAGGAACGCAGUCAUAAGGAAGACCAAAUCUUUGAGUUCUCGUCUGUACCUCAGGCACUAGUCAAUGGGGAAGUCCGAGAGGAUGUUGAGCUUUCUUUUCGACGAUUGGUUCCAGGUAAGUUCUAUAUUCUUGGUUCCUCUACUGUGAACCCCCGCUAAGAUAAAAAGACGAAACCUUGGAUCCAGGAAUUAGGAAAGAUGGUGCCACUUCCAAGCAAAAACGAGGCUUAAAAGUAGUUGUUUGUCGAGUGAGCAAGAAACGUAGCGAGCCCAUACCUCAAAAGACUCUUGACGAUCGUAUGGCUCGCUACAAGGAACAGAUUUCCAGAAAUGUCGACACCUUGAAUAAACCAUUGACGAUCAGCGAGAAAGAAUUUUGCAAAGAGGGGAUAUCACAUGAGACUAGGCAUGAACAAAUUAUUCCAAACAAACACGCUCAUACUAACCUGAUUUUAUCAGCUUGACAGGCGGCACAUUGUCCGCAGCCCCUCAUUCCAAACCACUAAAAUUGCAUGCGACUGCAAAGUACCAAGAGUCUCACCAUUAUUACUUUGUGCUGCGUACAGCCGGUGAGUAUGUCGCAUGCCUCAUUUCGUAGUCUAAUGUCAUUACAGAUUAUAUCGAGCACAACGGUUUCCGCAAGGCCCCGGUACUAUUGGAAAUGUCCUCUUGGAACGUCUUGAAUUACCAGGAAAAGCAAAGAUGUUUUAAAGUACUUCAGGUAAGCUUGUUUCCCAAGCCCAUCAUUUGUUAUCAUCGCUAAACGCCUUUGAAGGACAGAGAACAGGAGUUAAUAUUGCAGCGCGAAAUAUGAUCCAAAGCUGGCCCAGAUGCAGACGAAGAGGAUCUUCGGCGAAAGCUCUUUUAUGAAGCAGGAGAAUUCCCAACGCGUUUGGCCCCAUGGAAUUACCAUCUCCCUGAAGCGAGGGAAGCUAUCUUCAGGACUCUCCAGGUUGGAAUUUCUCUGAUUAACUCUGAUUUAUGCUAAUGUAAUCACCUUAGGAACGUGUCACGUAUUUUGAGAAAGGCGAGACGCCCCCAGAAGACUUACCUCAAUCAGAGACCAACAGACAAUCACCACCCGUCGCUGUGAAGGAGGAGGAAAUGGGACCCCCAAAUAGCCAUGCUCCAACCAUAAUCGACCUGGACUCAGACUCUGAAAACGAUCCCAUUCGAGCUGCACCUUCUGCACCCAACACCAUUCGAGCUAAGGCAGCUCAAGUUGUUAAACCAACCCUUUCGGACACAGGAGGUACCUUACAAUCACCGAUUGACCUUGAGGGCUAUAGGCCAUCUACUUCGCUUCAACAAUGGAUGCCGCGUACUAUCAAGGGAGAGCCAGUCGACCGUAGUUUAUUUGUAUCACCACCGCCAAUUCUUUGUAAUGAGGAGGAAUUUGUCAAAGUCAAGAGCGAGAUAAGAGCAGCCAAGACCACAGUCGCAUUAAAGAGAGAGUAUGACGAGAGCGCGACUGAAACUUUAGAGAAAUUAAAGAGGGAAAAGGAAUGA